CAGGAGCAGCAAGUGAGCAAGCGUGGGACCUCCUCCUCUCCACGUAAACACUCAGAUUCCCACAGAAACCACACACACAGAGGCAUCUCUGCUUGUUUUUAAACUCUUUUGUCCUUUCUUUGUGCGCGUCCCGGCUGUUUGCACCUGUGGGACUGUCACUCUAGCAGCACCUGGGACUUGUAUUCCUCUCUGGGAGCAGCUCACAUUCCCAGACCUGCUGUGGCUGUCAGUCCGCCAGUGGACUAUGCCCCCCUCAGUCAGCUGAGGGAGGGGGCUCCGAGCUGCUCAGGCUCCCAUCUGGAGAAGGCUGGGGCUGAAAUCAAAGAGGAGACCGUUAGGUUAUUGCUGAAGAUGCAAGCCUCAACUGUCUCACCUGUGACCAACACUACAGUACCUUCAAACACAACCGCCGUUACAAAGUCCAAAGAACAAAUACUCAUCCAAAGUUCUGGGGCGAUGAUCGCUGUCAUCGUCAUAGGUCUUAUAAUCAUUCUUGCCAUUCUGCUGAUCAUCCUGAAGACGUACAACAGGCGGACACAUGUAUCCAGAGUCCUGGGGGCCAGCGGUGGCUCCAAACCUCGUCAGAAGAUGUCACAAUCGACAGUUCAGAGCAGCAUGCCGCUGAGCACCAUGGGAGUUACCUCUGUGUCUGGCAGCAUCGGCAAUUCAAACCCACCCCCGGAGAACGGCUUCCGGCUGCCGAGGGUGGAGCUGAACAGCGUGGAGGAAAACCACAUAGAGCAGUCAAGCACCACCAGCGGAUCCACUGCAGUCACCAUACACGAUGCUCCAUCAUUAGGAAACACAUAGCAACAAGACUGUGUGGUCCCGUCUCACAACAGACAUCAACUGAUGUGUUGUCUUCAUCUGUGACCGCGUACUGUGUGCUGACUGAAUCCUGUGGAAACUCAAUCUGUGACGUUGGUGUUGAUGGCCACUACAUGGAUAACAAGAUGUCCUAUUGAUGUGCAAAAAUAAACAUCAUGAACAAAAUUCUGCCAUAAAACAGACACAACAGAUUACAUGAAGGAUGUGGCGUGACAGGAAGCUGAGACUUACUUGUGAGGAAUUGCUGCUUGGCGACAGUCAGUGUUCAGAGUAUAGAUGCCAUGCGUUUCUCACUCUUUGUGCUUUUCCCAUCACUACCAAUACAAUGAAGAAAAUGUGUACUAAAGACUGUAAUCGCUGGACAACAUUGCUCUUAAUUGUGUACAUUUCUGUAUUAAAGAGGGCCACAUAGGUUUAUGAGUAAAUGUAGAAUUAGAAUAAAGUUCAGAGAAGACAAGGACAGAAUAAAAGAAGCUAUGUUUGAGGAAAAUAUGUUAAUUGUGCAGAUUAAACAGAUUUAGCCUUACCUGGUUAACCUUCAAUUAUACUGUCGUUGUUUUCUGAUCACAGAUUCUCUGAUUAGCAUUUGUUGAAAAAGUAUAUAAAAUGUCAGUGUAUUUUUUUACCCUGUAUAAUGAAGAGUCCACAGAGAUAUCUUGUGAGACAUCUGGGUGUCCAGACACGCUGAUGUGAAUCCUUUUUAGUUUGAUACCAAAGGAUUUAGCACUUUAUUUUCAUUGCUCCCUGUAUUUGUAUUGUUUGUUGUUCUUUAAAUGAAAUGAGAUGGAAAAUAAAUUUAAUAUUUCUAACUGUG